AUGAGGAGGGUCUACCACGACGCCGCUCAGCCUGGUCUGGAUCGACGGCCACACAACGGCGAGCCGGCGUACCCGCAGGACAAUCUGCAUCAGUGGGCCUAUGAUGAGUCACUGAACUUCGAACAGUUCUCAGCUGGCGGGCAGGACCGCGGCAUGGCGCGUGCGCCUGUUCCAGGGCCCGGUGCGCCUCCGUCCACCGCUCUGCCUGACGACAUAUCAGAGCUGCUUGCGAUGCUUCCUGCGCUCGAUUCCGCAGGCAGCGACCUGCACUCGCCGCUGCACAGCGCUUCGCAAGUCAGCUCCAGCGGAAGCGGACUGCAAUUCUCGCCCAACGGCAGCAGUGCAGCCUAUGACGCAGCCAGCGGACUGUGGUACGUGCCCGGCGCGUCAUCGAUGCCGGGGAUCUCGCCGUCGCUCUCUGCCGAGCUGGCAGCGCUGCAGCUGCAAAGUAACGUGGAUGACGGAUCCUCGCACUCGUGGUCUGCGGCGUCGGCUCAGCACGGCCAUGAGCUCAGACAGCAGCAGCACUUCGCCGGCAGUAGCCAUCACCAGAUGGCGUCUCAUGCGCCGAUGCAGCCCUCUGUGGACAUGGCCAUGGCCGGCCUGAACACGUCUGCCCAGGCACUUGGGCCGCCUUUCGUGCAAGACGACAGCGUCGAGCAGCUCAGCUUCGGCACCAACACCUCCUCGUUCGACUCCUCCGCUCGCAUGGACGACUCUCUUUUGUCAUUGCGCGGCACCUCGCGGUGGCUGCACGGUCGCGACACGCCGGCCUCUUCACCUGCCGCCAGCGCGUACCUGCCGCUAUCUGCCGAUCCUGGCGCAGCCCCGCUGUACGAGGACACGUCUCACCAGCAGCCUGGUCAGCCCGUCGGGGAGUUCGGACAGGCGCUCUCGCGAGGCGCAAGCGACGAUUGGGCGAACACAUGGCCACGCGUGCAGCACGGGCAGCACUUCCAAGCAGCAAGCGCUUCCAGCUCUGUAGGCGCAACCGGUCAUUCGGACGUCAGCUCGCGGCCGCCUUCAUGGGGCUCGCGCCCGAGGCGCGGCACAGACGGAAGUCAGACCGGGUCGAUGCCGACGGCCUCUCGCCGACCACGGUCUGUCAACUUCGGGCGCGCAAACGAGGGCCUGUCGCCCCUGGCGGAGCGGCGCUUGUCCCAAUCGUCGAUGGGCCGGCGUGUGGGGACCUCACCGACAGCUGUCUUCAACCCACCGCCUCGCCAGGUUGCCGUCGCGCCGUCGUCUGAAUCGCUCGACGCGCACCGACGGCAUCCGUCGCAGCACAAGCUACAGAGCCCCAUCUCGCCGUCCGGCCUGCCUGCGUCUCGACCUCAGCGGCGGCAGCGCAGCGCCACGACGCAGAAGUAUGACGAGGUGUCGGACGCGCUCAACACGCUUCGUCAGUUCCUCAGUCAGAACCUCAACCAAAAGGGCUCCCGCGAGCAGGAGCAGAGCAGCGAGCGGCCUGCACAUGCCGCCGUCGGACACUCGCGCUCAGCGUCCGCGCUGGGCCCCGUAUCGAGCGGCUCCUCGCACCGCCGCCUGCGCCAUGUGCACGGCCAGCUGCCUCCGCGCGGCUCGAUCUACAGCAGCGACUUUUCGCCUCCAGCGCCAGCCCAAGCUGCGCAGUCGAUGUCUUCCAGUCCCCAGCGCAGCCGCGACUCGGCAGGCACGGCGCUGCAGCACGACGUCGUCGAGCGCAUCCGGCAACUGCUGGCGCAGACUGAAGACGCGCGCCGGCGCGACGAGGGCAAUCCCUGA